CAUACCUAACGUGACGCCCUCACACGUGCGCCGCUUUUUGUAUUUUCAAUUUUAAGAGUCAAUAUUUUUGGGAGUUUUAAUUAAAGAUGUCGCUUUUACGUAUCAGGAAACCCAAAACCCGCAAGGGUAAAAAGGUUUUAUUGGCCCGAGAGCCGCAACUGAUUGAAUCGGCCCGGACAAUGCUCUUCUUGGAUGGACGAAAAUGUGGUGGCAAUGUGAAACUCUGCAUGAAAGACUUACAGCAAUUGAAGAAACCUUUGGUUAAGGUACUAAAUCGGAAAAAUGAUAUUACACCCUUUGACGAUCCCACAUCCUUGGAGUUCUUGACGAUGAAAAACGACUCAGCGUUGUUCACCUUUGGUUCCACCUCCAAGAAGCGUCCAGAUAACAUAGUUUUGGGACGAGUUUUUGAGAACGAAGUCCUGGACAUGUUCGAGCUGGGCAUUAAGCGGUACCAGGCCAUUGCAGAAUUCAAGAAUGAAAAGAUUGGCACCUGCGUGAAGCCAUGCCUUGUUUUCAAUGGUCCCAAAUGGGCACAGUCGGAGGAGUUGCGUCGUCUGAGGAAUUUAUUCAUCGACACUUUUCAGAGAGAAAAAGUAGACUCCAUCCGCUUGCAGGGCAUUGAGCAUGUCAUUAGCUUUACUGUUACUGAUGACUUGAAUAUUUUAAUGCGUUCAUAUAAGAUUUUGUUAAAGAAAUCGGGCCAAAAGACACCGAGAAUAGAGCUAGAAGAGAUUGGUCCAUCUGCCGAUUUUUCCAUACGCCGAACCAAAAUAGCUUCGGAAGAUUUAUAUAAGUUGGCCCGCAAACAGCCCAAAACACAAAAUAAGAGCAAAAAGAAGAAUAUCACUUUGGACUCACUGGGCAAUACUAAAGGACGCGUUCAUUUGGGCAAACAACAAACUGGUUCUAUACAAACACGUCGCGUUAAGGCUUUGAGAAAGACCCCCGAAGAGAAGAAAGCUAACCGUCAGGCCAAGAAGGUAGCACUCAAAGCUGCAGCACAGGAGGCAUUGAGUUCGUAGGAUUGGCUGUAGUUUUAAUUUUCCAUAAAGUAGCGUUAAUAAAAAAAAAAAGUAAGACAACAUAAUAUUAUCU